CUGCACACUUUCAACUUGAAAACUACCACAGGUUUCCCAUUGUGCCAUGCUCCCUGGGCUCCCUGGCAUCGUUGCUUCGAACACUCGCUCAUGAUCGCCGAGGAACUUCUUCCCUAAAGUUUUUACACAAUAUUUCGGUUAUCUCCUCCUGACUUCAGUUUCAUGUGAAUGACAAGCGGACGAACAGAAUCGUCUCAACAUGGCAAGCAAACCCACAGAGAGGAAAAAGAAAAAGCAGAAAAAUGUGAUGGAAGCAAAAUUCAUUCGAACAAAGCCGCUGCCGCCUCCGCAACCCACUCAACAGAGCAGUCAGACUAGUUCGUCUCAAAAUCAGAAUAAGAGCAACAAAAGUGAGAAGAAAAAUAGUACAGAAAUCAAGGAACAAAAGGACCAGCUUAAGGAACAAUACUGGGCCAAACUGCUGGCCAGUGGCUUUUGCAAGGAUAAUCUGAGGCCAACUGAUCCAAAAUCGAACUUCUCUGAAGCAGACUGGAUGGAAGUUCGGCAGUAUUUUAAUCACGCAUAUCACGCCACCAACGAGGACAGCAAGCAAUUCGUCAAAAAGAACGCCAGCAAAAUUGUGAAAGUCAUCAAAAGAUUAUGUGCCAAGGAUUCGCAGCAGGUUCUGCUGUUUUUGGAGUCUCAAGUGCAAGAGUAUGUGAUAGAAGUCAAAGUAAAGUUGCUGGAGCUGUUGAAAAAGGCAGGCCAGCCCUCUCAAGUUGCACGAAAUUUUCUAACAAAAUUGGUCGAUCAUUACGCUAGUCUGAGCAGCGGCGCCACUUGUCUGUCUGAGGCCUUGAAGGAUUUGGAGGAGCAGCACUUGGCCAUGUUCGGGAUGGGUUGGGAGGACUUGAAUAGGCUGCUCUUUGAGAGGUGUGUCCACUCGGACCCCGUGGUGCAGCUCAAGAUCCCUCAGUUUGUUAGUCAAUUGCAAGGUUGUUUGAAUCAGAAAGACAAAGGUGGAUUUUACGGAGUUUUCCAGCGACUUUUAACCUUAGAGGAGCACAUGACGGGCAUCUCUGAGAAGUGGAAAAGAGUGGAAGGCCUUGUUCACGAGAAAAACGUGUCCAACCUCAGCAAAAUGGUAUCUCAGCUCCGAAUUGAUCUCUGCGACAACAAAGGAACAAAGAAACAGUGCAGCUGCAGCAUUUGCUCCUCGCUGCUGUUGAAACAGCUCUCUCAGUUAGGACUGGCCCAGCAGAACACCAAAGGCCCCCCACCCCAGCAGAAAGUGAAAGAACAGAAGAGUGUGGAAAGUAAAAGUACUGCGAAACAAACUCAAGCAAAUGUAAAAAACAACACACAAGAUAAGAAGCAGAGCAAACAGCAGCCCAAGGGUGGCAAGGAAAAGAAAGGUGAAAAGGUUGAUGUUCAGACUGGGAAGGGCAAAGAAGCUGCUACAAAAGGCAAAGGCAAACAGGCCCCUCCUCCUCCUCCUCCUGUAGUGUCCGAGCCAGGCAAGAAAACCAAGCAGAAAAAUUCUUCGACGUCUAGUGAGAAAAGUUUGAGCACCCCAGAGCACAAAGUUAUUCCACAGAGUAAAAAGGAGACCAAGGUGAAGGAGAAGAAUCCCGGUGACAACAGGUCUCUGCAUGAUUUGCUCGAGUUCAUCGAAGGCACCGACAGCGCCAGCAAAGACGAAAAGAAGGCUGCCAAGAAGGCCAGGCAGAAGAUGAAAAAGCUGCAGGACGGCCAAGUGGAGAAAAAAGUGGCUAAACCCGAACCACCCGCAGCUGUGAUCAAAGUUCCUAAACAAGCAUCGAGCAUCCAAAUUGCACCUAAGGCCGAUGGCAAAAAGGAGCCCCAGAUGGUCACCAUCCGCAGGGUCAUGGAGCCCAGCAGCUCCGAGCCCACGGUCACCAUCACCCUGAAAGGGGACACGCCUGACCACGACAAGGUCCUCUUCACUCUCGUCAACGGACAAGUUAAAGACGACGCCAAGGGCAAAGGGAAACAGGCCGAGCAGAAACCUGCCCCCGAAACCAAGAAGAGCAAGAAAAAAAAGGGGGCCAAGCAAGCUGAGCCUGCCCCUGUGCCACCCCCCGCGCCUCAACCACUCGCCCAGUCUUAUGUUCUCAGCCAACAACAAAUGCAGCAAGAGAGAUUCAUGGUGAGUUCGAAUCCGUACCAGCCUGUGCCGAAGCCCCACGUGACAGUGACACCCAUCAUGGGUCCUCCGUAUACAGCCAGGGCGCCUGCCCAAGAGAUGUCCGUCAGCGACUUUUGCGCGCAACAACCCAAACUCGGCCCCUUCCGAGCACCCAUCGUGCCAACCAGGGGCUUCCAAGAGGACCCCCUGCAGCAAAACCAGCACGACGGCCAGUUCUCAUUACACAACAUCAAACUGCCCCCGGGAAUUACAAUCACCAAGGUGGAAGGCCCGAGAAUAGCGCGCGUGGAGCCGCCACCGCCACCUGUGCGGAAGGAGGAACAGGGCGGCUACCAACAGGUGGGCACCAUGAUCGUCAACAUGCCCCAACCGCUGCCUCCAUCCUCAUAUCAGCAGCACAAUCUGAAUGCGGCGCAGAUGGGCUCGAUGAGGAACAUGGGCAUGCAGAACCCGAAUGUGAUAGUGGUGGACACCGGCAAGCUGAUGGACGAGGAGGCGCCCGCCCACAACUAUGCCAACAACCACAAUGGCCUGUGGCAGCAAACCAACGGCACGCUCAAACACCCUCACCUGGCGGGCGGAGGCGUAAUGCUGAACGGCAACGUCAUUCCAAACGGGCAAGUUCCGCAGGGAACUGCCGGGGGAAAGAAGAAGAAGAAGAAGGGGAAAAAGGGCGAAGAGUGGAAUUUAGUUGAAAGCGUGUUCACCCCUAAGGACAUAGACUUGGACGCCGUCGACGACGACGAGCGCGAACUGGAAGCCUUCAAGAGGUUUUGCUUCAACUCGGUGCCUCCGGAACACAAAGAAAAGGUUCAUCUCAAUCUCAAAGACUUAGUAAUCAAGAAGAAGCCAUGAACCACCGUUUUGUACCGUAAUUUAUGUUGUUUAUCAUUUAUUGAGUACUCUGAAUAAAUUGUACACUAGAAUUUGCAAACAAACACAUUUCCGAAA